AUGGCUACUGCGCGGGGAAUGAACUCUUCUAUGCUACAUACGACGAGUCGCGAGGCCGGGAUUGCGCAACCAGCGCCAGCUUCUCAAGUCCCGCUUGAUACCAUUGAAGAGACUCUGGCAUACUCGUCACUCUCCAAUGCACCAUUCGAUAUCGAAACGUCACUUGCUGGAGUCCUCGACCCAGAAGCUGAUGUCGAUAUCCCUGCUGACAUAAAGGACGUCAAGGAGGCGGUAUCGCGACCACCGCCGGUUAACAGCAACUACCUACCCCUUCCAUGGAAAGGCCGAUUGGGAUAUAGCCAAUCCCAGGCCUGCCUAAACACAUACUUGCGCACCUCCAACCCGCCCGUCUUCUGCGCUCGCACCUGUCGCAUCUCCUCAAUCCUCGAAAACCGCCAUCCGCUCCAAGACCCCACCCAGCCGGCCCACCGGAUCAAAAACCGCCCCGAUCUCCAGCAGCCGCCUGAUAUUGAGCGUGGGCUAGCAUAUGUGCAGUCACUGGGUCUCGCGAAUGCACGCGAUAUUGUGAAAAUUCUCCGCUGGAAUGAGCGCUAUGGGAUUAAAUUUAUGCGGCUUUCGAGCGAGAUGUUUCCCUUCGCAAGUCAUGUGGAGCAUGGGUAUAGAUUGGAGCCUUUCGCAUCUGAUGUUCUGGCGGAGGCGGGGAGAGUUGCGGCCGAGUUGGGCCACCGGUUGACUGUUCAUCCGGGUCAGUUUACGCAAUUAUCUUCGCCGCGACCAAGUGUUACCGAAAACUCCGUCCGAGAUCUUGAAUAUCAUGCUGAGAUGUUACGGUUAUUGAAACUGCCUCCUCAGCAGGACCGGGAUGCCGUGAUGAUUUUACAUAUGGGCGGUGUCUUUGGUGACAAGCAAGCUACCCUUGAUCGUUUCCGGAAGACUUACAGGACGCUAUCGGGUGAGAUCAAGAAUCGCCUCGUUUUGGAGAACGACGAUGUGAGCUGGACUGUGCACGACCUGUUGCCCAUCUGCGAGGAGUUGAAUAUCCCUCUUGUGCUCGACUACCACCACCACAAUAUCAAUUUCGCUGCAGACAAGGUCCGCGAGGGGACCCUGGAUAUCAUGACCCUCUACGACCGUAUCGCCGCUACUUGGGCCAGAAAGGGAAUCACGCAGAAAAUGCAUUAUUCUGAGCAAACGCCGUCCGCUAUAACACAAAAGCAGCGACGAAAACAUAGCUCGCGCGUCCAGAUGCUUCCCCCCUGUGAUCCCACUAUGGAUCUCAUGAUUGAGGCUAAGGAUAAAGAACAGGCUGUCUUUGAACUUAUGAGGAUCUAUAAACUUCCAGGCUUUGAGAAAAUUAACGACAUUAUACCCUUCACGCGCUCCGAUGAUAAUAAAUUUCGGGGUUGCAGUAAGAAGAAGACGAAAAAGACGACAACAACAGUGAAGAAGUCGUCCUCCUCGCCCUCUAAGCAGCAAGAUCCUGUUGCAUCAGAUCAUAACAAUGAUGUUGGUGAUAGCGACGACACCACCUCGACGCUUAUUCCGGAAGAAGAAGUUGGCAUGGGUGGACCAGAAGGCCGUGUCUACUGGCCCCCCGGCAUGGACCAGUGGUUGCAGCCGGCCAAACGUGCGUCCAAAGUUGAUAUUGCGGAGACUAUCGUGGCUCAAAGUAGUAGCGGCACCAGCGCACUGCUUACUUCGACCCCGACGACGCCGCGGAAAAGGGGAAGACCGAGCAAAAGUAAAGAUGCUGCGGCGGCUGCAAAGUCCAUCGCAGGGAAACUCGCAGCGUCGAAACGGCCGAGGCCUGGAAAGAUAGCUACGUUAUCCUCUAGCGGUAGCGGCAGCGAUAGCGAUAGCAACCAGAAUGAAAUCGCUGUUGGCCCAGCUGCUACGGAAAAGGAGGCUCCGGCUACCUGUGUUUCGGGAAGAACUAGGGGGAGGAAGGUAAAUUAUGCGGAAGAGGGGUCUGCCUGA